GGGCCACAGAGGGAACGAGGCACUCGAACGCGGGCUCCAUGGAUGCCAUGGACCUUGGCGCUCGAUGCGGAGUGCUUCGGCCCACGGAGCUCAUGCCACGGCCAGAGCUCUUGUCCCCAGCCUCCACGCGCUCGUGCUCUGACAGAUCGCUGCGCAGCGCGCGCAGCGCGAGCGCGGACUCCUUCGAUUUCGCACCGUACGAUUUCAAGCUGUGGAACUUGAUCAUCCGGCCGCCGCGGGUGGUGUAUGAUGAUUCCGAGCUUGGUCCCACCGAGUUUUUUGCCGGCGGAGUCAGAGCAACUCGACGAGAUCUCAAGCUGAGGACCCGCCGGGCCCUUUCGCUGUCGUGCUCCUACUUCACACCGUCGCAGGGCGGCCGAGAAAUUCAAAGAUUCCCUGUGAUUAUCUACUUGCAUGGUAAUUCUUCCAGCCGCUUGGAAGCUUGCAACCUCGUUGGCGCCCUGAUCUCGCAGCACAUGUCCUUGUUUUGCUUUGAUGCAGCUGGCUGCGGACAAUCCGAAGGCGAGUACGUGUCCCUAGGCUGGCACGAGAGUGAUGACCUCGCUGCCGUCAUCGACUGCCUGCGGAGCUUCCCCAAUUGCGGCCCCAUUGGCCUGUGGGGGCGGUCCAUGGGAGCGGCCACCGCCCUCAUGCACGCGGACCAAAAUCCAAACCUAGGGGCGCUCUGUUUGGACUCCUCCUUCGCCAACUUGCGGCAACUUCUGGAGGAACUCGCGCAGAGCAAGAGUGUGCCGUUGCCGGUGCCCUCGUGGUUGGUGGGCCCCGCUCUGGCGCUGAUCCGCCUGCGCGUGAAGUCCCUGGCGGACUUUGACAUAGAGGAUUUAGUCCCCUUGCAGCAUGCGAAGCGGAGCUGCGCUCCGGCCAUCUUCCUGCACGGCAGAGAAGAUGACUUCGUCCACCCGGGCCACUCGCAGCAACUCUAUGAGGCCUACAUGGGCAGCAAGGAGUUGAUGGCGGUGGAAGGUGAUCACAAUAGCGAGAGGAGCGGACGUGUGGUGAGCCACAUCAUCGGCUUCUUCGGGCGAUGUCUCAGGCGGCUUCCGCUGGAGCCUAUCCCGCGGCCAGUGCUGGUUUGGGACCCGCAGUUCGUGGCACCCUCGCUGGACGGCGUGCCGCUGCGUGUCCCUCACCGCCUGCGCCAAAGUACGGAUUUGGCCAAGAAGGACAAAGUCGUGAUCGGUUCGGCUGCAAGGCGCGCUGACGGCCCGUCCCUCAUUCCGGUGCGAGGCAAACUGGUGAACCGCGAAGUCAUUGAACGUCCCUGUGGCUCCAUGGGCCGGGCCCGAGUUCUUGGAGCCGUCGGCGGGGCAUAGGUGCACUCGAGGGUUCUGCCAUUCAGACCCCAUCCAUCAUCGAAGGCGACGAUUUCGGCGAGCGAGCAAUUCAGUGCCUGGCAAAGUCGCGACUUGCGAAGAAAGAACU